AUGUCUCCAGAGUGGAAGACGUCACUCUCCGCAACGGAGAGACAAUCCGACCUGGGGCUAUCCAUGAGUGAUGCCGUAUCCUUGGAGCAGAACGCUUAUGCUGUUUCCAUCACGCGGGAUGACUAUUCAACCCGCUGCAGAGCUCCCCCCUCCACCCUGAUCCCCCAGCAUGACGCAAAGAGUGAGGCUCGCGAGGAUGAUGACGAGGCCCCAGACACCGGAAUACACAUUGGAACCUACCGAAACUGCGUCCCGGUCUCGGACGGCAUCACGUCCGAGGUCUACCGGUCCGGCAGCACGGCCCUCAAGGUCAUCGUCAACUUCCACCGGGACAUUGAGCCGCACAACCCCCAGCGCGAGUCCCGCAUCCUGGACCUCCUCCGCGACAAGCCCUCCAUCAUCCAGCUCCUCGACGUCUUCCGCGACCAGGAGCAGCGCCUCGUCCUGGCCUUCCCGUUCAUGCCCCUGACCCUGGGCGACCUGCUUGACUCAAACCACCACCACCACCCCUCCAAGCCCCAGAUCAAGCACAUCUUCCACGACGUCCUCCGGGGCCUGCAGUACAUCCACUCCCAGGGCAUCAUCCACCGCGACAUGAAGCCCUCCGCCGUCCUCCUCUCCUCCCCCUCGGGUCCCGCCUUCCUCUCAGACUUCGGCACCGCCUGGCACCCCAACCUCUCUGCGGCCACCGAGCCGCCCUCAGCCAAAGUCCUCGACAUCGGGACCGGUCCCUACCGCGCCCCCGAGGUCCUCUUCGCCGACCGCGCCUACGGUCCGCCGGUAGACAUGUGGGGUGUUGGCGUCAUGCUCUCCGAGGCCGUCUCGGGCGCCCCCGUCUUCGAGUCCCGCCCUUCCCACGAGGACGGGAACCAGCUGGGGCUCAUUCUCAGCAUCUUCAAGACCCUGGGGACCCCGACGCCUGAGACGUGGCCCGAGGCCAAGGACUUCAAGAUCACCCCAUUCGAGAUGUGGAAUGUGUUCCCCGCGAGGUCGUGGGAGAAGGAUAUCCUCCCCGACGUCGAUCCGGGGUUCAGAGAGCUUGUGGCCGGCAUGGUUCGUUAUGACGGUAAGAGAACUACGGCUGAAGAGGCCCUUAAGAGUAUUGAGCAAUUGGAGCUGCAGCCUGAAUGA